GGUAAGCUUCUGGUCCAUUCAGUGGGAGAGGGAAUCCCUCAACUUCACCAAGGAUACCAAACACAACAUCUAGUCAAAUAUGGGCAUGUACGUCAGCGGAACUCCGAGGCGGGACUUCGUAGCUAGAAAAUGCCUUGCUUAUACUCGCGGCUUCAUUCAUGAGUACAAGAUCUACUACGCUGCACCGUGAAAAACCGGCCGGCGUCCACCACAGGCUUUCCGUUAAAGGACAGUACAUGGAUCUAUAAUCGCUUUUUUUUAAUGAAGAGCGGAUAAGUUAGAGCACAACAAGGAUUUUACAAACAAACAAAUCAACGUAAAGCAGAAGGAGUUCUUCAAAAUUUUUAACUGGAGCGAUUUCUCCGUCAACGCGGGGAGUUGGAUUAAGUUUCUUCAUGCAACUGUUUUGGAAAGAAACCAAGACCAUCUCACCGGGAAACAACAAGAAGAUUAACGUACCCCUCCCUUAGUAACCUUCUUGCUGCCCUGACGCUGCAGGUGACACCGUGCGCUCUCUGGUUACCGCAGGUGCCGCCUUCUCUUUCAGUCCCUCCGGGGAGAUGUACCAAGGGUUCCCCGGCGAACCCGACAGCGGAUCCCGUGGAAGCCCGUCUCCGUCCAUAGAGUCCCAGUACCUAUCCUCCGUGGACUCCUUCGGGAGCCCGCCCACCACUAGUGCUCCGCAGGAGUGUGUGUCAGCAGGCACUGGCUUGAGCAUUGUGGGCAGCGGGCCAGGGAGCAUUGUCGGAAGUGAGAUGCCCAGUUCAUUUGUGCCCACCGUCACCGCCAUAACUACCAGUCAGGACCUGCAGUGGAUGGUGCAGCCGACCCUCAUUUCCUCCCAGGCCUCUGGGCAAAGUAGCUCCACUGGCUCCGCAACCAUGACCCAGCCGGUGUCACUGGUGGACCCCUACGACAUGCCAGGGCCCAGCUACUCCUCGGGGUCCUGUUUCACCCCUCCCAGUUCAGAAACUCCAGUGCCGGCGCCGGGCCCCAUCCGGCAGUCCAGGCCCCGCAGUCGCCGUGCACGAGACGAGUCUGUGAGUGACGAUGGCCAUGUUGGUGUGUUAUUAACACCUGAGGAGGAGGAAAAGAGGCGCGUUCGCCGAGAGAGAAACAAGCUGGCUGCUGCCAAAUGCAGAAACCGCAGACGGGAACUGACAGACAGACUGCAGUCGGAGACUGACAUACUCGAGGAGGAGAAGGCGGAGCUGGAGGCUGAGAUCUCAGAGCUGCAGAAGGAGAAAGAGCGUCUGGAGUUUGUACUGGUGGCCCACCAGCCAAACUGCAAGAUUUCAUACCAGGAGCAGGCUCAACAGGCUUCAGCAGCACUCCCUCAACUGCAGUCCCAGCUCACUCCUCAGAGCAUGCAACCUCCCAUCUCCAUUGUGGGUUUGACAGUGAAUGAGGACUCUUUCUAUCUCCCUCCUGCUUACACGGCCCACCCGACUCCCACACAGCCCCAGCCUCCGGUGCAGCAGCAGCAAGUCCAGCAGCAGCAGCCCCAAGCAGGGAUGAUGCAGGAGGUAGAGUUUUCUAGUUCUUUCUACGGCUCAGCUGAGCCAGCACCUGGUGGGCCAUGCCUUAUGGCCAGUGACAGUGGUGGUGGUGUUAACCAUGACGAUGCGGCCAUUGGCAGUUACAACACCUCAUACACAUCUUCAUUUGUGUUCACCUACCCAGAGGGAGCCUGCGGGGUCAGUGCCAACCAGCGGAACAGCAGUAGCGAGCAGUCAUCUGAUUCCCUGAACUCGCCCUCGCUGCUGGCGCUCUGACUGACAGACAGACACAUGCAUGCAUAGAUUUUCACUUGCAUCCCAUGCUCACUGGAUGCAGAGGCUGACACGAGUGCACACACAGUACCAAUCAGUCUCCCAGAUUGAGGAUAAACAAUGUGCCUAUCAUUUGAACCUGAUUGGGUGGCAGUUUACUUCACCAGAAAUACAUUCCUAUCAAAACCCAUAGAAAAAAAACACAUGCGACCGAACCUUUACCAUUGAGCUACAACAAAGAAUACAUUCUUGUUUUGUAUUAGUCUAACAUUUGUAACAGGGCAUGAUUAAAAAGUUAAACAAGUUUGUUACAAAAGUCUGCAGAGCCUUGGAAGAGUAUUCAAACCCCUUUAACCUUUCCACAUUUUGUCACAUUAAACCACAAACCUUAAUGUGUUUUUAUUGGGAUUUUAUGUGACAGGACGUCGCCAAUAAUUGCUAAGUGCAAGGAAAAGGAUUUGUGGUUUUCAACAUUUCUUACAAAUCAAGAUAUAAGAAGGGGUGUGCAUUUAUAUUUAGCACCCCUGAGACAACCCAUUGGUGGUGAUGCUGUUGUAUUUUAGGGUAUGUCUCUGACAGCUUUAUGCAUGUAGAUACUAUAAUUUUUGUCCAGUCUACGUUUCAUAAUAGCUUGAGCUCAGUCAGAUGGACAGCUUCUGUAAGCUCUGGCUGGAUGUUUAGAAUUACUGACCCGAAGGUGAACCUCCACCCCAAUCUCAAGGCGUUUUGCAGCCUCGGAGAUGCUUUCCUUCAGGGUCUCUAUGUAUUUAGCCCCAUCCAUUUUUCUAUCAACUCUGACUAGUUUCUGCCACCCUAAAGAUAAACAUCCCCACAGCAUGAUGCUGCCACCACCAUGUUUUCUAGUUGGAGGUAGAGUUCAGAGUGUCAGAUUUUACCACAUGUUGGCCAAAAAGUUCAGUUUUGGUCUCAUCUGAACUGAGAACCUGCGUUAAUGCGUUUGCUGUGCCCUCUACAUGGCUUAUGGAAAACUGCCAAGGUGUCUUCUUAUAGCUUUCUUUCAACAAUUCAACAAUCUUGCUAUUGUUCUAUAAAAGCCAGAUUUCUGGGGGUCACAACUAAUGGAUAUUCUGUAAACAGAUUCUCCCACCUGAGCUGUGGAUCUCUGCAACUCCCCCAGAGUUAUCAUGGGCCUCUUGGCUGCCUUUGGUUGUAAAGUGACAAAGUGUUAAAGGGUUAAAGCAGUACAAAAACUUUUGUAAGGGGCUGUGUUACCAAUCUGAAGUGUUCUGAAUUGAAGAAUUGAUUCACAAUGAAUUUCUUUAUUAAAAUACUCUCAUUGAGUAAAAUACAUGUCAAUGCUGCACCCCAACACGCACCAGUGCCCCUACCUUGUUCCCUCUGUCGGUUGUUCUUCUGCUAGUGCUCUUGCUUUCAUUGUUUUCCAUUAUCUAUUUUUUUCUUGUCUUCCCUUUUGUUGAAUGUAUUUGUGCAGAUCUGAAAUAAGGGACCAAGGACAAUAUGUUCGGGGUCUUUUCUUGUGAAAGACAGACCGCUCGCUCACCCGUAACCCUUCAUCUGCUCUGCUGCUCUAUAUGCUUCUUCAUUUGUUGCUUGGACUUGGCAAGUUGAGGAUCUGAGUAUCACAACCUUCUCUAAAUCUUGUGCUUUCUGUAAAAAAAAUAAAAGUAAAAAAAUCCUUCCACCGUCUGCCUACCUGCCAUGCGACCCAUCUCUACCCAUCUCUGUUUUUUUCUCCUAUUCUGUCUCGUUUAUUUCUCCCUCUCUCUUUGAAGUCUUCAACUACUGAGAGCCCGGAGAACCCCUCCAGCCCCUGGGACCUUGAGUGAAAAAGCCGGCGCAAAUAACAUUCCCCAUUUUUGCACUCCUGUCUUUCAAGGAUCUGGACGUCCAAACAGAAGAACCUCUCCUUGGAGCUCAUUGCUUAGAUUCCUGUACAAUUUGGAACAGCAGCUAUUUAACACGCACACGGAUCCAUAAAGGGCAACAUGAAAUGCCACUGUCUUCUGCUGAGCCAUUUUUCAUAUUUUUCACACAAUGAAGAUUAGAUACAUCUGCUGUGCUGGAGUGUUAAAAGCAAAUAGAAACUGAGGAACUGAGUGGAGGCAAUGAGGACAGAUGCUUACAGAGGGAAUCUUGUCAUCCGUUUUGGGUCUUAAUACAAUUAAGCAAAGAAAAAGAAAGACAAAAAAGAGAGGAAAACACUUCUGUGGAGAUUUGACCUCAGAAAAAACAGCUUCACAUCACAGAACCUUAACGCCCAGGGUCGACACGCAGAUACUCUCACCGGCGCUUUCAAGUCUCUGAAAUCCGAGGUUUCGCUGCAGCAGCUCAGAGUUUUAUCAGAUGUGAACCAAUGCCUUCAUACAGAGGAGGGACUUUAAUUAUCUUUUUGUUAUUUUUAAAAGGUCUUUUAGACAACCUCUAAAUAUUGGGCUCGGUGGUCUCUGCUUCCUGCCCCCAUUCUCUCUGUGCAGAGUUGAGGUUUUGAGGGGGGAGAGGAGGCGUUUAUUGUGAGUGGGUCCACUCUGAAGCACCUGGCCCAUUUAUUUCUUUCUUUAUUGAGGUUGAAAAAGUGACCCGGAAGACCGGGAAAUGAAAAAAAAAGCAAAUGGAGAAAGAGAACACAUGGGCGGAUGUUGUGGAGUGUCUUUCGCUUGUGAAUUUGUAAAUUUUUUUCCCUGUAUUGCUUGAGUGAAAACUGUUAUAUAUUUCAAUGUUUGUUUAUGUGACUCAUUGUUCUUGCUUUCUCUUGUACUGUUGCCAUAUUUUUUUUUAUUAUUUUUUAUUUUCCAUUUUGUUCAGUUUAUUCGGGAGAUUUCCUCAUAACUGUUACUAUUACUGUUGCAUUGUAAGUAUUUUUUUUUAUUUUAUUAUAUUUUUAUUUGGCAACAUUGGAGGCAAAAUAUGUGCACUACACAAAAGAAAAAAAAAUCAAAUUAUACAUCUAUAUACAUUUAAAUGGUAACAUGUAUAGGUAUACGUGUUAUGUACCAUGAUUGUAUUGUAUGAAUGUCUGCCGAUAUAAAUGGGAUAUUUUUGUCGAUGAAGAACAAGGUAAAAGUACAAAAAAUAGUAUUUGAAAUACAUAUUUUUAUAAAGAAACAAAAAAUAUAUUGAAUUUAAAGUACUCCCCUGUCCCAGAAAAUGAAGCACGAUGUCACUGUUGAUAUGUAUUUAUGUUUUACAAACAAUGUAAAAGCACUAUCCAAUUUACAUUUAUUGUAUGGUAAUAACAAUGAUGUUGAAAGGUUGUGAUUUAUGUUUGUGAGGCCUGUCCCAAAGCUACUGACCCCUUAAUGCCACCAGCGAGUGAAUGUCAACAGAUAUAUUUGUAAACUGGUUCAUUUAAAGGUCAAAGUUUCCACACAAAGUAUGCAUAUCUGUCCUGCAUAAUCUCUUAAACGUAUUAGUAGAAAUGUUUGUUUGAAGGAAAGCAUUUAGUCGCACUUGUUCUUAAAAAAAAGGUUUGAAAAAAUGUGAUUGUGUUUGCUAAAAAAAAGAGGCUUUAUUUUCAUCUAAUAAACCUGCUUAUUGAAAAACAAUGGCAAGAUUAAAGGGUUUCUGCAAAGUCCUAAAAGGUCAUUAAAAAUCCUAAGUUUAAUAUUUAUUGUUUAGGCCUUAAAAAGUCUUAAAUAUACACAGUUUUUUUUUCAGACUAGGUCUUAAAUUACAUUUAGUUUUGCCUUAAAUUUGUAUGUUUAUUCAUUUGUUGCUUCUUUUAUGCUGGCAACAUUCCUUUCUUCUAUUAAUUGUUGUUAUAAAACUACAAAUCCCAUAAUCCAUGGAAGCAGUAGGACUUGUUGAAAGAAAUUUAUUAUUCACUCAUUCAGCUUUCCCUGCUUCUGAAAGUGAAUUAUUGUAAGUUUAGGCAAAGAAAUUCAAAAUGUUCUAGUUAGGUUAGCCACUAUAUAAACAGAGAUUUCAAUAUGGCUAAAAUCUAUUGUCAGCUCCCGUUAUAACGUUUGCUAUAUAGACUAGUUAGGAGGGGAUAAAAUCACACCACUCACAUACCAGAGCCAAAGAAACUCUUAAUAUAAGUUUAUAAAGUUAGAUUUGUCUUGUUUAAGCUAUCAACUAAGUAGAGUUAAUAAAAUAAAAACAAUUAUUACAUUAUUUUUCAGAAUCAAUUCAGAUCCUACAUUUGGAUCAGCAUUGUCUUAAAAAUGUCUUAAAAUGUCAUACAUUUUGCUGAAACUUGCAGAAACCCUAAACAACUAACAUGAAUGUUUGCUCCAACUUGGCUUUCGGUGGCCAGAAAAGGGGAAGACCUCAUGGUUUUUUUUUUUUCUCUCAUCUUGACUAAGGACUCUGGAAAAAACCUGGAGAUGCCUUUUGUUGACUUCCCCCUAAAAAUGCAAAUGUGAUGAAAUGUACUGGUGUCAGAGUAAGCAUCAAACAUAUUCAAUAGUUCUCAUGUACAUAGGUUUUUCGUGGUGCUACUUAUGCUAUACGAGGCAGAUCAGAAAACAUUUAGUGGUGGAAAUGCUGCCAUUGCUUGAAGUGAAUGGGAAACCCUGCUAGUCUAAUGUUUUUAUUUAGACCGGAAACCAGUACUGGGAAUUUGCUUUAAAAGAGAACAAGUUCUAAGAGCCAAUAGUUUCUUAUCAACUGCCUGCUUCAUCUUUAAGUGUGAUAAACUGCUCUCUGAAGGUGCUUCACCUCAGCUAUGCCCCCGCCCAGUCACCACACGUGAUUUCAUCUGUCUGAGUUUGUUUUAAAUAUCUGUAAGUUUACAGUGGAAAAUUGCUUUGCCAGCCGAUUGGAAAUGCUGAUGUUAUAGAAGGAAAACAGAGUUUAUAGGCAGCUGAAUAAACCUGAGACAGAGAACCCGCCUGCAUCUAUAUGUACUGUAAUGCUACAACUGCAUUAAUUGAAAAAGAGCUUUCCUAUUUUUCUAUGAUGAGUUGAAUGUUGCUAUGUGUUUCUAUUUUUCCACAGUUCUCCGUACGCCGCUCGCAUUAUCCCUGGUAUGAAAUGCAAUACUUACAGUCUGAACAUAAUGUAGCAUAACCUGCAGUAAUUAGACUGACUGCUACUAUGUGUCAAGUGUGAUGAUGUAUUGCUUUACCUAUCAACUUUUGUUACAGUAUUAAAUAUGAAUAAGUUAAUAAAUAUUCAAAGUUACAUUUAUUUUGAGACAAUCUUGGUGAAAAAGAAAAAACUUGGAGAUAUGUAUAUAUUUUUGCAUUUAUUGAUGAUGAAUGGAGGGGAGAAACACUCCAACAUGUGGGAAAGCUUUUGUUAGAGUCUGUUUUUACUAUUUCUAUUUCUUUUUUAGGAGCAAAGGUUUACCAUUUAGUGCUUUCUGAACAUAUAGAAAUAAAAGCAAAUGUGAAAUAUUUUUGAAAUUAUGGCCAGAGAAGAUGAAAUUAAACAUGUUAUUUGAGGUGCAUGGAUAAAAGUAUAUCGGGGUUCAGGAGCGCACUCCAAAUUGAUUUGUUUGUUACUCCUGAAGCAGACCAGAAAUAUGUGACAUAUUUACAGUGUUUCCCUACCUGCUCCAGCCCUCUGACCCUCUGUGUGCAGACUUUAGCCUCUGGUCCUGUUUACCGGUCUGAAAAGUUUACAUCAUAAGGUUUUUCCUCUCUUCUUGAUUGUAAAAGCUGCGGGAGCUUUAACUUUUACUGAUGUUUUCACCACAUACCAUUUAAAAUUUGUUAAGAAAAACAUAAAUAAAGGUCAUAUUAUAAAGUGAA